UCUCAUACAGCAGAAGCUUUCCCAUUCGUCUAUUCUCCUUCUCAGUCCAUCUCUCUGCAUUUUUCUGUAUUCAUGUCUAGAAUGUGUGGUUUCUUGGGAUUCUUGGUGGGUCUUCUGUUGGCCGGGAUGGCUUCCUCUGCCAAGUUUGAUGAACUUUUCCAGCCAAGCUGGGCUUUAGACCAUUUCAUGUAUGAAGGAGACCUUGUCAAACUCAAACUUGACAACUAUUCCGGUGCUGGUUUUGCUUCUAAAAGCAAGUAUAUGUUUGGGAGAGUGAGCAUUCAGCUCAAGCUCGUGGAGGGCGACUCUGCUGGGACUGUGACUGCUUUCUAUAUGUCAUCGGACGGCCCAAAUCACAAUGAAUUUGAUUUCGAGUUCUUGGGCAACACGACGGGUGAACCAUACUCAGUUCAGACGAACGUGUACGUGAAUGGUGUGGGUAAUAGAGAGCAGAGACUCAACCUCUGGUAUGACCCCACCAAGGAUUUCCAUUCAUACUCUGUCUUCUGGAAUCAGCGCCAAGUUGUAUUCUUAGUGGACGAGACCCCGAUAAGGGUGCACACAAAUUUGGAACACAAAGGCAUUCCAUUCCCGAAGGACCAAGCGAUGGGAGUGUACAGCUCAAUUUGGAACGCAGACGACUGGGCGACUCAGGGGGGUCGAGUGAAGACGGAUUGGAGCCACGCGCCAUUCGUAGCGACGUACAAGGAGUUUGAAAUCAAUGCAUGCGAGUGUCCAGGGGCGGUGGCGACGGCGGAUAACUCGAAGAGGUGCAGCAGCAGCGAGGAUAAGAAGUAUUGGUGGGACGAGCCUACGUUGUCGGAGCUGAGUGUUCAUCAGAGCCAUCAGCUCAAGUGGGUGAAGGCCAACCAUAUGGUCUAUGACUAUUGCUCUGACACCGCCAGGUUCCCGGCCACUCCCGCCGAAUGUGUCCACCACCGUCACUAUCACUGAUGAAAUCACCCAAAUCUUCCAACAUGUUCUUCAUGUUGUAUCGUGUAUUAUAUUUUCCUCCUAUUUUGUGAAUGGGCACUAUUUGUUGAGUCGUUUCCUGUUAAAUCUACCUACUGAAUUCGUAAA